AUGACACUAGAACAAAUCGAGAAAACAUCCCUCGCCGAUCCUAUACUGCAACGCAUCCAUACCUGCAUUACAUCCGGAACAUGGCCAAAAGAACCAGAUCUCAGACCAUACAUGCAAGUUAACAGCGAACUGUAUGUCCAAAAUGGCAUCAUCCUUCGUGGAACACGAAUCGUCAUUCCGUUUGACUUACAGAAACCUACAUUAGAGCUCGCCCAUCAAGGUCAUCAGGGCAUCGUGAAAACGAAGCAACUUCUCCGCCAAAAAGUUUGUUGGCCAGGAAUAGACAAAGAUGUUGAUAAAAUGAUCAGUCAAUGCCUUCCCUGCCAGGCUCAAGGGCCAAAAACCAAUCCCGAACCUCUCCACAUGUCGACGAUGCCAACUAAACCCUGGCAUGCCCUCCAUAUUGACCUCUGUGGUCCUUUUCCCACCGGCGAAUCACUCCUAGUCUUAGUUGAUGCAUGUUCUCGUUGGCCCGCGGUCGAAAUAUUGAGUUCUACUACAGCCACUACCAUUAUCAAUCGUUUAGAGAACAUAUUUUCCCAGUUUGGUUACCCUGAAGAAAUGAUAUCAGACAACGGCCCUCAGUUUACUUCCCACGAGUUCAAAUCAUUCCUACACAGUUGUGGUAUUAAACACCGCCUUAUUACACCAUACUGGCCUGCUGCGAGCCACUGUUGA